GUAACUAUCCGAGUUUUCUCGGAGCUUUUUCAUUUUCAUCAUGGAUAGUGAUGUUGCAGCAAGACGGAUGCUGCAAACAAUUUUCAUUCUUUUACUUAUCCAUGCAAUUUCUUGUGGAAUUCAACCGUCGGAGAAAAGAGAACUCAAGGAAAAGGUACUGGAGAUGUUCAACCAUGCAUAUGGCUCUUAUAUGGACCAUGCUUUCCCAGCUGAUGAGCUAAUGCCACUCAGUUGUAAAGGCAGAUACAGAGGAAGUGAGCAGAGCAGAGGAGAUGUGGAUGAUUCCCUGGGAAACUUUUCUCUGACUUUAAUUGAUACCCUUGACACCUUAGUGGUCUUGGGACAAAUUGACGACUUUGAAGAUGCGGUGAAAUUGGUGAUACAGGAAGUGACCUUUGACACAGAUGUGGUAGUGUCAGUAUUUGAAACUAAUAUUAGGGUACUUGGGGGUUUAUUAGGAGGCCAUGUUGUAGCAGCAUAUCUGAAGAGGGUGAAGAAAGGCAUGUUAUGGUAUAAUAAUGAACUAUUAGUAAAAGCUAAAGACAUAGGAGAACGACUACUUCCAGCAUUUAACACUACAACAGGAAUACCAUACCCAAGGGUCAAUUUAAAGUAUGGUUUAUGUAAAGUGAACUCUAGAACAGGAGUAGAGAAAGACACUUGCACGGCCUGUGCGGGAACCAUGAUUCUAGAAUUUGCUGCUCUCAGUCGACUUACAGGGGACCCAAUAUUUGAAGAAAAAGCGCACAAGGCCAUGGAGUUUUUGUGGAAGCAGAGACAUCGCUCAAGUGACCUUGUUGGAACUGUGAUAAAUAUACAUAAUGGGGAUUGGGUGAGGAGAGAUAGUGGAAUAGGUGCAGGGAUAGACUCUUAUUACGAGUAUUUAUUAAAAGGCUACAUUCUUCUUGGAGAUGAAACCUACCUCAACAGAUUUAAUACGCAUUAUGAUGCUAUAAUGAGGUACGUGAACCAGGGACCUCUCAUGUUAGACGUGCACAUGCAUAAACCUACCAGUAAUACACGCCAUUUCAUGGAUGCUCUCACUGCAUUCUGGCCUGGGUUGCAGGUACUUAAAGGAGACAUCAAACCAGCAAUAGAAAUCCAUGAGCUUCUGUAUCAGAUAACACAGAGACAUAACUUCCUACCAGAGGUAAGCAGUGAUUGA